UUACACGGCUGACUUAAUGUUCAUUUACAUGUUAUUCAAAAAUAGAGACCAUAACUAAAGGCACUGAAAACAAAUGAGUGAUUGGUGAGUAACAACUGACAUUAUACAUAUGUUUUGAAUUUGGUGUUUAAACUUGGGUUCAUGUGGGUGUGCAGCAGAAGGGGCAAGGAAAAGUCUGAGAACACAACAUCUCCUGAGGAUCAUACUGAAUGUUUGACACACACUCACAUCCUUUUAGAAAUAGUAACUUCAUCCAAAGUUGUUAAUGUUGUUAAAAGAAGUUAAAUGGACAGGUUGUAUGCUACAGUUUGAUCAGAUCUGGAAUGUAUCUGGCCUAACUAGAAGGACUGGAUUUCUGAGGUUCUCUGAUUCUACAGUCAGAUAGACACACACCUCAGUCUCACUACCAGCUAACAUCUGUGGCCUCCAUAUACCUUCUCAUUAAUACUAAUUAUCGGAAUUAAAAAAGAAAAAAGUUGCAUCUGGGUUGAAUUAGCUUAAAUUUCAAAAACAGCCACAGUUGAAGCUUAAGAUGCCAACUCACAAGUGUGCUACGAAAGUUCACUGUUGAUCACUGGGCUAAUGACAGCUGAGGGUUUCUGAAGAGGCGGGGAAAUAGUUCUUUACUGUGUGACAGCCCAAGGAAGUAUUGGUGCCACCAACUAUUUCAUAUCUGAUCUUAAAUGUGGUUCCUGUAUCCUCCUCUUUGGCAUUUCCUUCCCAGUUGUCUUGCUAACGUUACCCAGUAGCUGAAAGUAUGAGGAGAAAUAACUCAUCUAAAUUUUUCAUCUCCACUGAGAGACAGUGGGACUCUUUGGAGCAGGCCUCCUCCACUGAGUUUGUGCAGGAGCCUGAUGUUAGAUGUACCGUGAAGAGGCUCUUCUCGGGCACCCUGCAGCUGCCCAGGCUGUCAUGCAGACCCUCCAUGCAGGACAGACCAGAGGAUGGGCUCCAGUCAGGCCCCUUGGUAUGCACCAUCAAACCCUCCAGGAGCCUGGGGACUCUGACCAGCAACAUCUUCAGAGCCAUUUUUGAUGUGGAGAAUGGAUUGUCGGUGGGCCGCAGCCCCCUGGACCCCCAGGCCAGCCCUGGCUCUGGUCUGGUCUUACAGGCCAACUUUCCCCAUAGCCAGCGGCGGGAAUCCUUCCUGUACCGCUCUGACUCUGACUUUGACCUUUCACCCAAAGGUCCUUCCAGAAACUCCUCCACUGCCAGUGACCUGGAAGAAAGCUUGAAGCACUGGGAGGUCAACUGGUUGUCAUCUCGACACACAGAAGACAUGAUUGUUACACCAUUUGCACAGGUCCUCGCCAGCCUGAGGACAGUCCGAAGUAACUUUGCCGUCAUCACCGGCCAGCAAGAUCGCACAGCCAGCAAGACGCGAUCCUCAGGCAGCAACCCACCAUCCAUGUGCAAGACCAGCCUCGCAGAGGAGCCUCACCAGCAGCUGGCCAUAGAGACUCUAGAUGAGCUGGACUGGUGUCUGGAACAACUAGAGACCCUGAAAACCCGACACUCUGUCAGCGAGAUGGCUUCAAACAAGUUCAAGAGGAUGCUGAACCGAGAGCUCACCCAGCUGUCAGAAACCAGCCGUUCAGGGAACCAGGUGUCUGAGUUCAUCUCUAGUACCUUCCUAGAGAAGCAACAUGACAUGGACAUCAUGUCUCCCCCCACCAAGGAGAAGGAUAAGAAGAAGCGGCCCAUGUCCCAGAUCAGUGGUGUGAAGAAGGCCACCCACAGCCCCAGCCUCGCCCCCUCCACCAUCCCUCGCUUUGGGGUCAACGCCAGCCAGGAAGGACUCUUAGCCAAGGAGUUGGAGGACAUAAACAGAUGGGGCAUCGACAUCUUUAAGGUCUCUGAGUAUUCUGGGAAUCGCCCAUUGACGGUCACCAUGUACACCAUCUUCCAGGAACGUGACCUGCUGAAGUCCUUUAAGAUUCCUGCAGACACUUUCAUUACCUUCAUGAUGACUUUGGAGGAUCAUUACCAUUCUGACGUGGCCUACCACAACAACAUUCAUGCUGCUGACGUGGUCCAGUCCACACAUGUCUUGCUGUCCACACCUGCACUGGAGGCUGUAUUUACUGACCUGGAGAUCCUCGCCGCUCUGUUUGCCAGCGCCAUCCAUGAUGUGGAUCACCCUGGAGUUUCCAAUCAGUUUCUCAUCAACACUAACUCAGAGCUGGCCCUGAUGUACAAUGACUCGUCAGUGCUGGAGAAUCACCACUUGGCCGUAGGCUUUAAGCUUCUGCAGGAAGACAACUGUGACAUCUUUCAGAACCUCAGCAAAAAACAGAGACAGUCAUUGCGCAAAAUGGUCAUCGACAUGGUGCUGGCCACUGACAUGUCUAAACACAUGAACCUAUUAGCAGACCUGAAAACCAUGGUGGAGACUAAGAAAGUCACCAGUCUAGGAGUCCUGCUCCUGGACAACUAUUCAGACCGCAUACAGGUUCUUCAGAACAUGGUGCACUGUGCAGACCUGAGUAACCCCACCAAACCUCUUGAGUUGUACCGUCAGUGGACGGACCGCAUCAUGGUGGAGUUUUUCACCCAGGGGGACAGGGAGAGGGACAAGGGCAUGGAGAUCAGCCCCAUGUGUGACAAACACAAUGCCUCCAUAGAGAAGAACCAGGUGGGUUUCAUUGACUACAUUGUUCAUCCUCUGUGGGAGACAUGGGCUGACCUGGUCCACCCAGAUGCUCAGGAGAUCCUGGACACAUUAGAGGAUAACAGAGAAUGGUACCAGAGCAUGAUCCCCCACAGCCCUUCACCCAACCCAGAGGGCCAGGAGGAGGGAGCCCUUGCAGGGGAAGCUUCAGCACUUGGUGGGGGCAGCGGCUCCACUUCCACCGAUAAGUUCCAGUUUGAGCUGACCUUGGAAGAAGAAGGAGAGUCUGAUACAGAGAGUCCACCUGAGGAGGAGGAGGGCUACAGUGGCAGCAGGGGGUCUGAACUCUACAGAACUGAUUCUGGCAGUGGCUUAGACGCAGUGUCUGCUAAGACUCACCGGCUCCCCAAAAUGCUCACAACUGAUUCAGGCAGGACGUUUUCCUUAGACUCUGAUAAAGAUAUGGCAGAAGAAAGAGAAACAGACCAGGAAGACGUCUCUGGGGUACCACGCUUCAGACUUGGCACAUAGCACCGGUCAAAAGUUGUUUUUCUUUUGGCCUUUUUAGUUUAUUUUUCUUGAUUUUGGUGCCUCAUCCUCUGUCACUCCCCUUCUCCCACUCCAACCAAACACCACCACCUCUGGUUUCCGUGGACAGGGUGACAGCAAGCCUUGGGGUGCAGAGUACGGGAGUGUGUACGGGAUUGGGGGGUGUUAAGAAAGUCUGCAGUUUUACACAGCAGUCACUUGCACUGGAGAGAGACAGAUAGACUGAGAGAGGACAGGAAACCAAGUUUCUCACCAGUCCUUUGUGUUCUGUGUCUUUCAGUCAGACAUACUGUGGAUGACGUUCUACAGAGACAAUGAGAAGUUUAUUAAAGAAAAGAAAACUUCCCUUUUUACCAGCCAACCCAAGGUCUACUACAACUAAUGACAGAACUGUCUUCCUCUUUUGGAGUAUUUGUGAAGAAAGUGAGGAAAUGAUGAAUGUCCGUGAAAACACGACUAAGUCUUGUAAGACAUCUUGCCAAACUUGCAAUUUACAGGGACAAUGCUGUUUUGCUUGCCUUUUUAGUUUAUUUGUUUGUUUGUUUAUUUGUUUGUUUGUUUAUUCCGUUGUCCUUUAUUUAGGUCCGUACACCAUGAAACCCAGUAAAUGAAGAUUCAGUAAAUAGCAGACUCCAAAGCAGUGUGAGCAAAGUAAUGUCAGAAAGGAGCUGGGCAUGAUUUUAUGCAGAACACUUUAAAUGUAGCAGACAUUUUGAGUGACUCUAUCAUUACUGUUGCAUACGUAGCUCUCCUUUCAGCUGAUGUUGCACAGCCCGUUUAAUUGUGUUCAGCAGGCAGUUGUUUUGAAACAGGAAUAUGAUUAAAAUGAAUGGGUUGGAGGUACAUAUUAUUUUGAGAUUUUCAGUUGUUUCAGGCUUACUAUUUCCAUUUUUUAUUAUCCUAAACUAUGAUAUUGUCAGCAACAAAACUGAGCCAGGGCCAAUGUAGUGUUGUACAGUCAUGGAAUUACAUAUACGGCAAUGUGGACUGUGCACAUGGUGCCUCCUAGUGUCGACCAGUGGAACUGAAGUUCUUGCAUUAGAUUUGCAUGGUUUUGUAUGGGCCUAUAUGGAAAAUACAUUCACAACGUAUUUAACUGUAGGACUAGUACCCAAAAUAUCAGUUACGUUUCAGUUUUGUUGCUCUUUUUAUUAAUUUUGUUUUGAUUUAUUUUUUUCCGGUAAUGUUUGUUUGCAUUCUUUAUAUUCGGCAUCCAUUUUAUCAGUUUGCCUUCAAGUGUAGCACUUUACAGUUUUGUUCAUUGCGAGUCCUCAUUGUGGUUUUUAAGGGCUUGAGCCAAAACAUGAACACAUUGGAGGCUGUUGACUGAGAAACAGUUUGCCAUUGACUGUAAGGCAACCAGCACAAACAUCAUGCAAAAAACCCCCGCUAUCUAUUCAAAUCCAUUAUUGUUACUACACAGUGUGUCAAACACAGCAUCCACCAACUGAAAUACCGAUUUUGGUAACAUCCACUUGCAUAAAUUAGUAGACUGAUAAGGUCAGUGUGUUAGAAGCAUACAUGCUGCAAAGAAGCAAGCUCACAUCACUAUAAAAACCCAGGAGUUUGCAGACAGUUUCCUGUGCCAGAAUUUAUUUUCAUCUUUUUUCCUCUCAUUGAUCAAUAUUUCGCUCUUCACAGGGACAUAGUCAAUGACAAAACAAGUGCCAAGCAAGCAUGACACAACCCGUACUGUAAUUUCCAUUUUGCCACUGGCUACUUUCCAUCACU